AUGGAGGAGAAACCCCCCCAUUCAGACAUUCAGCUUCCUCCUGGAUUUAGAUUCCACCCUUCUGAUGAGGAGCUCAUCCAUCACUACUUGAGAAACCAAGUAACUUCAAGCCCAAUCCCAGCUUCUAUCAUAGCUGAAAUAGAUCUGUACAAGUAUAAUCCAUGGGAGCUUCCAAAGAAAGCUUUGUUUGGAGAGGAUGAAUGGUAUUUCUUUACACCAAGAGAAAGGAAGUAUCCAAAUGGAGUGAGACCUAAUAGAGCAGCAGGUUCAGGUUACUGGAAGGCUACAGGGACAGACAAACCCAUACUUACUUCGUGUGGGACAAAGAGUAAUGGUGUCAAGAAAGCACUUGUUUUCUACAAAGGUCGUCCUCCCAAAGGAGUUAAGACAGAUUGGAUCAUGCACGAGUAUAGAUUGCACGAUUCCAUGACUUGGACUGCCAAGCGAAAAGGGUCAAUGAGACUAGAUGAUUGGGUUCUAUGCCGAGUUAGGAAAAAGAGCGGGAUGCUGAGGAACACUAGGGAAGACCAUAGAAAUGGUACUCCAAGUUAUGAACCUGCAACAGAGCCCUACUUUCAACCAGUACUGGAAGAGCCACGCUCUAUGAACAUGAUGAACCCUAAUCUGUUUGCUGCAGUCAGAAAUUAUUUAUACAACGAUUGUCCGAUGCUGCCAUACAUCUUUGCCUCUCAGGAGAUUCCUUCCAAUUCCAUGCAUAAUACAACCUCCUCAAGCUGCAUAAGCUUCCCAAGUACUCGCAGCAUUAAUGGGACAUCCUGCCCUUCCAGUUUCCUUGAAGAUGAUACAAAUAUUGUAAAGGAAUCGCAGUAUUUCGACGUUUCUUCUUCCAGCAACAACUUUCUUAACCCAUUAAAGAGAAUAAUAUCCUUGGAAGCUGGAAAUCAUGAUGAUGAGAUCAGGGGUGGUUUCUUCCCACCAAGCAAGAUAAGCUGCAAUGGGAGUGAUGAUCAUAGCAUAGGAAUUAUGAAAUUCUGUGGAACAGACCAUCUUCAAGAUAAUAAUUUGGAAGCUGACCAAUGGAGUACUUCCCAGCUUGUUCAAUAUCAAGAGUUUGAUAAUCACUUGGUAUUUACACACUGCGAACAGGGUACUAAUGGAGAGAAGGAUAUGUAA